UGCCUGUUCGCGGCGUUGCACAUCGCUUACGUUGAAAUCCGCUUCCCGGGAAGCGUUCGCGGAAACGGUGCACAAGAGCUUGUUCCCAGCUCCCUCUUCCGUCCAAAAAAAGCCACACCCAUACUCGCCUCUUGGAGGAAACUGAGGGGGGCCUCUGGUAGUGUAUUCCAAUCGUAUCUUGCGUGCAGUUCAUCCGAGUGGCGCUGCAUCGCCCAUAUCUCUCGUCCAUUCUCAACCCCCUUCAACAGUCGCGCAAAAAAACACUUCUGCAAACGAUUGCAUACAACGGCGCAUAUCACUUGGCACAUUCUUUGAUCCCUCCGGUCCCCCUUGUCCGAGAACCGUUCACCCGGUACACCAUGUAUCCCUCUCCAAACUUCCCACAACACAGCUACUUGAGCAACGGCCUUAUGGACGCGAUUGACUUGCCCAACAACCACCUGCGACCAGAUAAUGGCAUGUAUUCGAGGUCACGCGCCCAUGCAGCCCACUCACGCUCCGAGAGCUCCCUACACAACAGCGAUAUGUAUAUGGCGACCGACACCCAGGACCUCGCUGAGUUCUUGAGAACUUCAAGUCCCCAGGACUUUAGGAAGUUUCUGAAAAGGAGUCCUUCCGACGACCAGCUAUUUUCUCUCGGCGGCAAGUCUCGCAGGGGCUUUAGCUUCUUGCGCCCGUCAGCGUCGAAAACCAAGCUCAAGUCGCCAGUCUUACCCACCACCGUCCUUGCUAAAAAGACCUCGUGGGGAAAGCCCUAUCUUCAGAUACAGAUCGAUUACGACGGAGCGCACGACCAGGCAGAGCCACGGACUACUCUGCCGGAUAGGACCAGCACUAGCGGAAUGUCCGAUUUUACCGCCGAUUUUGGAUUCGGUGAGAGCCUGAUGGCUCCGAGCACAAUCAUCAGUCCGCCCCCAUCCACUAUGGGCGACGCGGAAAGACCCACCCUAAGCCAUGCGCGGUGGGCUUCUACGACCUCGGCGAAAACACUCGACUCGGAGACCGUGGAUAUAUAUCGGAAAUACCUCAAUUCCCAGAGCUGCAACGCCGACUUUGACCUCCAUCCCAAUAGAGAAACGAAUCAUGCGCCAGCCCCAACCGAAGCGGCCGGUGGUAAUAACGAUCGGUUAAAACCUACCGCAUAUCAGAAGACUCCGUCGUCAGAGGCUGUACCCAGACGUCGCAGCGAUUCGUAUUGCUAUCUCUCGAGCCCGCAGAACAAGGCGCCCAUCAAGGUCCGGAAACGGUCAUCCAGUUUACGGCGAACAUCGAGAGGAUCCUCGCGGUCAUCGGUGUACUCGGCAACGGGCGACGAGUUGCUGGAUGCCGAUGGCAACGUCAUUCAUCCGCACCGUAAAGCGUCCAAAAGGGCACCCCCGCGGCCUGGCCCUCCUCCUGCACGAGGCCUGCCGGCUCUUCCGGAAAGCCGCGGCUCGAUCGUGAAUGCUACUACGCCCAGGUCGUUUGUCUCGGCAACGGCAACGGCAUCGUUGAGGGGAAGCAGCAUCUACAACCACCGUUUACCAGGAGAGGAUUUCGACAGACUUCAGCACGACGGCAUGACCCGCGAACAGAAGGUCAGGGCUAAGAAAGCCAGGGAUAUGCAACAAGUGAAAUUACGUCGCCAGAUAGUCGUCGACCAGGAAAGUGUCUACACCCUCGGCAGCGACAGAACCAAUACCCCGCCACAUGAAGCGCCUCAGCCGUUACCAACCCCGUCACCCAAAAACAAAUCGGCACCUUUCAAAGCACCGGUACCGCUAGAGAACAGCCAAUCCCUCAAGGGAUGGGUAGCCAGAGUACCAACCCCUCCGAAUUCCCCGCCGAAGCCCCCUCGAAAGUCACCUACGCCAUCGACAGCAGGAUCGAAACCAUUACCUCCUCCUCCUCCGUCCACCAGAGGCAGCUACAAGACCGAGGAAGAGAUGCAACUCCGAAUUGAAGCCGUGGAAAGAAAGAACAGAAUGCUGGAGAAGGCGUUGAUUGCUGUCAUCCGUGGCACCGUUGGCAAUGACCAGAGACAAACGGAGCUCCAGAGAGCGAACUCCCUCGAGGAGAUAUUGCGGCAGCUGCGAAUGGUCGACCCCAAUUCGGCGGCGGGCACUCCUACAGCUGUAGUGUCCACUAAGAGCACAUAGCACUCACCCCAACAUUUCUGUCUGAUGAUUCACGGCUACUACUAUCAUUUCAUACUUAUUUCAUUCUUGUUUGUGUUUUAGUACCAUUGAUACCUUUCUUUUUUUUCCUUGGGUUUCUCCUUUCUAUUGUUGAAGUUACAGAUACCAGUUUGCCUUA